CACCGCAAAGCGGACCCUGGGAAACCACCAAAAAUAAAAUGUCGGUAACACGACGAAACGCUCUCCUCGCAACGGCUGCAGUUGUCAGCUGUGCAGCAACAGUUGUAUAUGCCUCCCGAGGCGACAGACUUCCCGCAUUCCAAUACUGUCUCCAAAAAUGCACCGAUAACCUCUGCAACCCAUCUUCAGGCACCACCUACCUCCCCAUCCACCUCCGCCUCCUAGGCUGGACCUGCGAGUCGAACUGCGACUACCUCUGCCAACGCGCACUCACGGCAGAACACGUCGCUUCCAACCAUGUCAUCGAGCAAUACCACGGUAAAUGGCCGUUUCUUCGAAUUUUUGGCAUGCAAGAACCACUAUCCGUACUUUUCUCCGUCCUGAAUGGAUACGAACACUGGCGCGGUUUUAGGAGACUGAGGGCGCGGAUACCCGAUCGCUAUGUGAUGAAACCAUUCUACCUCAUCUCCUCCAUCGUCGGGAUGUGGGCCUGGCUCUGCUCGUCCAUCUUCCAUACCCGGGACUACAUCAUCACCGAACGCGCAGACUACUUUGCGGCGGGGUUGACAAUGAUGUACACCCUCUUCUACGUACCUAUCCGGAUCUUCCACCUCUACCGACACCCCAAGUCAAAAACUAUCGUAACAUCCUGGGGCCUGAUUUGCCUCACUGCAUACCUCGCCCACGUCUCCUACCUAUCUUUUGUGACCUUCGACUACAGCUACAACAUGCUCGCAAAUGUCCUAGUUGGCUUCGCCUCCAACCUCCUCUGGAUCUACUACUCCCUCACCCACUACUCUUCCCGCCCCGCAUGGGCUCUAUGGCCCGCGGCAAUCGUGGUGGCGGUUGGGUGCGCCAUGAGUUUGGAGUUGUUUGAUUUCCCGCCUGUGUGGGAUUUGUUGGAUGCGCAUGCAUUGUGGCAUGCGAGUACGGUGGUGUUGGUCAGGGCGUUUUAUGCAUUUUUGGAAAGGGAUGCAGAGUGGGAAUCGAGGGAGGAGAUGAAGGGGGAGGUUGGGCGGCGGUGAGGAGUCAGGAUCAUGUUUCGACGUCAACUGGAUUGACAGUGCGAUCACAACUCAAUAGGAA